CGCAAGGAAUCUGUUUGGGAGUGGGAAUAUAUGACCCCUUAUGUUCUAAAAAUAGAUCCAAACUUGUGGCAAGGAAAUGUUUUUUCACAAGCGAGCGCAUUCUUAUAUUUUUAUUUAGUGGGGUGAAGUGAUCUCUAUGUUGGCAAAACUGGAGGUUGUGGUCUGUCCAAAACAAGUAACAUUGCACUAGCAGAAAACAACAAAUCAAGCUGAAAUGGAAUAAUUUGUGUGUUUCUGCCGUCAAAUUCCAACGAGAGUUAAUUUUGCAUUCCCUGUUUUGUAUCAAAUCCUCGCAUUUUUAAUAAAUAAAUUAUAUAUUUUACUCUUUAAAAGUGGGUUUCAGGUAAGAUGGAGGAGCUAUUCUCAAUUCACUUGACUGAAUCUUCAGCAUUUAGUUCUGAAGAGGAAGCAGUCGCUGAAAGUGAAUCUGAUCCCCUUGAAGAAAAAGGUGAAGGAGCAGUUGUCGAGGAGUCAGAGAGAUCAGUGUCCGAAACCCAAUCUAGUGUGAAAGAUCCUGUUCAAGACCCUAGUGAUUCAGAAAAAAAGAAAUUUGAAUGCAAGUAUUGUGGGAAGAAGUUUACCAAGAGUGGUCAUAUGACAGCACAUAUUCGGAGCCAUACUUCUGAAAAGCCAUACACAUGUGCUGUUUGCCUCAAAGCUUUUUCAUUAAAGAGCACUUUGAUAGCGCAUGUUCGAAUUCACACUGGAGUGAGGCCGUAUGAAUGUUCAGAAUGCAAUCAAAGGUUUACCCAGAGUGCUACUCUGAAACAUCACUUUGAGAGACAUCACGUGUAUAAAGAACCAAAGCCUAAGGCACCCAGAAAGAAAAGAAGUGAUGCUUUUGUUGAUGAUGUUGGACCUCAUCCAUGUGACCAAUGUGAAAAGGUUUAUGAAACAAGACAAAAACUAAGGGUACACCGAUACUCUCACAGUACAGAAAAAUGGGUAUGCCCCAUAUGUCAAAAGAGAUUUACAGCUGGUGGUACCCUCAAAAGUCACUUAAGGAUUCAUAAUGGUGAGAAACCAUUCGAAUGUGAUGUUUGUGAAAAGUCAUUCACAAGCAGCAGCAACCUUCGAGCCCACUACCGUAUUCAUACUGGAGAAAAACCCUUUGAGUGCAUCACAUGUAAUAAGAAAUGGGCUAAAAAGAUAUCAUUAAGAACUCAUGUGUGUUCAUUGGAAGAUGAUGGAACAAGUAAUAGCAAUGCUUAGACAUUUGCUCAGUGUGAUGUGUGAAAAAUUGUAUUAUUAUAUUGAUGGGAGCAGAAGAUGAAAUAAUCCCAAUAAAAGUGUUCUCUUAAGCGUGUAUUUUGUCAAAGUAAUCUGUUGAACUGUUUGCAAAAAGAAUAUGAAAAUAAAACAAUCAAAUGUA